AUGGCCAAGUUCUUGAAAAGCUUUGUCGCCAUCGGCUUGGUGACGAGUGUCCUGGGACACGCCGUCCUGCAGACACCGCAGCCGAGAGUUAGUGGCGACAAGCAAGUAGAGCUAUGCGGUGCGGCAGUGACUACUGCACUUAAAAAGGACCUCGCGGGUCCCAUUGAGGACGCACUGGCAAAAGACGAUGGCACAUACAACUGCAACGCAUACCAAUGCCGAGGUUAUCAGUAUGAGGACAACGCCGACAAUGUCUACAACUACACGGUUGGAGAGUUCAUCUCCUUCCAUGUGGACUUGGUAGCUGGUCAUCAUCCUGGCUGGGCUAACUUGUCCGCCGUCGACCUGGCCACGAACACCAUCAUCGGAGAUCCGCUCAUCACCUGGGCCGACUGGCCAAUCUCUGGCACAAAUGACGACAUCAACUUCAACACGACUAUUCCGGAAUCUUUGGCUGAACCAUGUAGCGAGGCUGGGGCAUGUAUUCUGCAAUGGUACUGGUGGUCAGACAGCAACAGCCAGACAUAUGAGAGCUGCCUUGACUUUUAUGUCACGGCAUAG